AUGGAACUCACUGAUUUACAGCAGCACCAAACAGAUAAACAGACCAAUACCAAUACUUCCUCCACCACCACCACCUCCACCACUUCACAAUCUUACCACUUCUCACCCUUCCACCUCCACCACCACCACCACCAUCAGCAGCAGCAGCAGCAUGCCCGCUCUGCCCCAUUUAUAGCCUCUAUCUCCAUCCCACCAGCAGCUGCCCUCACAAGUAGUGUUGCUGGUGCUACUAGUACAACUUGUGCUGCUGCAGCCGGUGGCAACCGCACCCCAUCUUCCGCCUCCCCCUCCACACCCUCCACCAGUGCUUCUCCUUCCUCCGCCGCCGUCGAUGCCUCCUUAGCUAUAGCCACCAGAUCCGAAACCUUGAUUGACCCCUCCAAGAAGCCUCCUCAACAACAGCAAGAAGCAGCUCAACAGCAGCAGCCACCCAAGAGAUCCACAAAGGACCGCCACACCAAAGUUGACGGCCGAGGCAGGCGUAUCCGAAUGCCGGCUGCCUGUGCAGCUAGGGUUUUCCAGUUGACUCGAGAGCUAGGUCACAAGUCCGACGGCGAGACAAUCGAGUGGCUUCUACAGCAAGCCGAGCCAGCCAUAAUCGCCUCCACCGGCACGGGAACCAUCCCGGCUAACAUUUCAACCCUCAACAUAUCCGUCAGGAGCAGCGGCUCCACUCUCUCUGCUCCUCCUUCAAAAUCAGCUCCUCAUUCUUUCCACAGCGCGCUAGCCUUAGCUCACCACCCCUAUGAGGAAGGGUUUUCCCACAUGUUGGGUUUUCAGCAACAGCAGCAGCAUUUGUUAGCAGCAAAUCAAAUGACGGAAGCGAUUCCCAGCGGAGACGGUGGCGGAGAUAGCGGUGGCGGCGGUGGGCAAGAUGCCACGGAGAGUUAUUUAAGGAAAAGAUAUAGGGAAGAUUUGUUUAAAGAGGAAGGAUCAAGCGGCCGCCAAGGAGACGGCGCAGAUGAAACUUCACCUUCUCCUCCAAAUAAGCAAUUCAAAGUAGGAGGAGGUGGUGGCGGUGGUGGCAUGCAGAUACCGAAAACACAAGAUGUUGGAGGGCCAUCAUCCAGCAUGCUGAGGCAUGCCAAUAUGAUACCCGCCACUGCGAUGUGGGCAGUGGCACCGGCACCCAACAGUGGUGGCGCAACUGGUAACGCGUUUUGGAUGUUACCAGUUACUGCUGGUGGCAGCAGCCAGACAAUAUUGGCGGCCACAUCUGGCGGGGCUGUUCAGCAGCAGCCAUCAGAGCAACAGCACCACCACCACCAGAUGUGGCCAUUUCCGAGCUCCAGUGGGAACACGCUACAGGCUCCCUUACAUUUCAUGCCGAGGUUUAAUAUCCCAGCCGGGAACCUUGAGACGUUUCAAGGUGGGAGAGCUAGCCCACUGCAGCUGGGAUCAAUGCUAAUGCAACAGCAACAGCAGCAGCACCCGUCUCAGCAUUUAGGUUUGGGAAUGUCUGAGUCUAAUCUGGGGAUGUUGGCAGCUCUGAAUGCUUAUUCAAGAGGGGUUGGUAAUUUAAAUAUGAAUUCUGAUCACCAAAACCACCCAAUGGAUCAUCAACAGCAGCACCAGCCUCAACCUACAGAUAGUGGAGAAGAUGGUCCAAACAGUUCUCAGUGAUAGUUUUGAGUUCUGAUUUGAUUCUGCAGGGGUUGUUUCACUGCAUACCAAUUCGUCCAUAUGCCAAGUUGAUUUUCUCAACUAUAUAUGUAUAUGGGAGUAGAACUGAAGGAUUGAUUGGCUGGGUUCGUUUUGCAGUUUCCAGAUUAAUUAGAAGUUGAGAGACAUGGUGAUGAAUUAAGUGCUUUGAAGGAUUCAUGAAUGAUGAAGAUUUUUCUCUCCUUGAAGAGAAUAGUGAGGUAUCUUCUUCUCCAUUUUCUUUCGUCUGUGAUCACUACUAUCGAUCGUAAUUAUUUUUUGGUUUGUAUUUUUUUUUUUUGGUUUGGAAUAUUUUCUAAUAGUAGUAGUAGAUAGUUAUCGUGGAGGAUUUGCCAUUGUACAAGUUGUUUAGCUUGGUCCAAAGGGACAUUAGGUAGAAGCGAAAAGAGAGAGAGAUUGUCUGUAUAGGAGGAUUCCGUAUAUUUGUUGAGUAUAAUACUACUGAUAUUCCAAUUUGUUUUGCUCA